AUGGCGGCGGUGAAGUGCUACCUGCGGGACGGCGACCCGCUAUUCAUCCGUUCGAACCUGUCGAAGCUGGAGGCCGGCACGCUGACGCGUCUCGCAGUCGGGGACACCGUCAGAGUGGCGAGACGGUGUCGCGGGGAGAACAAGGAGGGAGGGCAGGGCAUCGUGCUGGCCGUGCUGCCGGAAUAUUUCUACGAUGUCAAGUACGUCGGCGGGGUCGAGUACGGCGUCGACGCCUGCUUCGUGGAGAAGAUCAAACUGGGAAGCACGAAGCGCAGAGGCGGGACCUCCAGAUGCGGUAGGUGCAACUCCUUCGAGUCCGAGUGCACUUGCCAGGCACCGUCCCGCGGGGGGCGGUCUGCCGCCGCCGCCGCGGCGGCAGAGGAAGCGGCGCUGGCGGCCGCAAAGAAGGCGUCCAUGUCGUCCUUGCCGUCGUACCUUCGCGGCGGCGGCGGCUCACCGUCGGGAUCUCCGCAAUCGGAGACUGCGGUCCCGAGGGCGGGCUUUCGAAGGGAGCGGGAGCGAGCCCACCCUCUCAAGAGACCCCGACCCGCCGGAAGCAGCCAGGAGGCCAAGGAGAGGGAAGGAGCCAGACCAGACCCACCGAGAAAGCGGGCUGGUGGCGGGGUAUCGGGGGUUCCGCCGCGUGUGUGGGGUGGGGGUGGCGUAGAACUGAAGAAGGCCGCCGUAGACGACAGCAGUAGUUCUCUUCAAUCCGGGAAAGGGGGACAGGGUAUGGAUGUGGAGGACGAUCGGUUACCAAGGCGCGAGGUUAGCCACGGAGAUACCUUCGGUAGCGGGGCGGUGCAGGGCGGAGCAGGUGAGAGCGCCACCGCCGCCGCCGCCGCCGCCGCCGUGGCCGAAGGAAGAGAAGGAGACCAAACACCGCCCCAGCUUUCGAAACGGUGCGACAAAGACUCCGGCGGGGGUGAUGACGAUGAUGAGGCAAUCUGGACGGAGCAUGCCCAAGGAAGUCAUGGCGGAGAGAUCCCCUCCCACGGACCUGACGCCGCUGCGAACGGCACGUUGCACCGCGGUGGUGUUGUCGACAGUGGCAAUCACGACCCCGCGGACGGCGGCGGCGGCGGCGGUGGAGGCGGCGGCAGAAGUAGUAGAAAUCGGCGAGACUCUGGAGAGGAGGAAGAGUUCCAGGCGUCAUCUAGUCGAGACGUGUGGCGGCCUCAAAAGAAGGAGCUGGUCGAGGUGGCGCGACGCACCGCGCCGGGGAUGAACAAGCUCGGAGGUACCGCGCGCGUGGUGAAGGUCGACCCGGCCACCGGUCUGGUGGACGUCCGGUACGUCGUGGAGGGGGGCUGGGAGCGCAACAUCGACCCCGUGUACGUGCGCCCGGCCACCCUAGACAUGAACGAGAAGCGAGCCACGUUUGGUAGGUGCGUCCAUUGCGGCAGCCUGCGCGUGGACUGCCAGCAGGAGUGCGAGUACUUCACCUCGCGACCCCGGGCAACGCAGCAAGGCUUGUACCUCAUGGAGAGAAGCGAGGAAGAUGGGGGUCCGGGAGGGAGCUCCCUCGGAAAGGAGCGGCGGCGUGCUGAGCGCGACCAAAACCGUCGUCGCCGUCGUCGGCGUCACAAUGGUCGUUCACAGGCGUCGCAAGAGGAGGGCGGGGAUGUCGAUGACCGAGAGAGGGGGCACGCGGAUAGCCAAACGCGACGGCGGCACCUGCCCCAAGACUGGGACGAGGAAGGGGAGCCCGUUCCAGGUAGCAACGAGGAGGAGGAGGAGAGAGAAGGCGGAGGCGCCGACCAAGAUAGUAGUAGCAGCGGUAGCGACAGCGACAGUGUGGGGGGGAUUACCGCGCCGCAGCAACGAAGACGAAUCGGUCUGCGACUGGCCCUCAGCAGCAGCGACAGCGACGAAGGGACAGCGGACGACGCCGGGGUUCCCAAUCGUCGGAGGCUCGGGGAUGGAUCCGACGGAAGCGAUGCCGGAAGCCAGUACGACGACGACGACGACGACGACAACUCCGAUAUCGACCUCCUGUAUGUCCGGCCGGGUGUCCGCGGCCACGGCGGGACUCUUCGCCCUCGUGAUCGUCGUAGCCAACGAAGCCGCGGACGCGACAGCAGUGUCGGAGGAGGCAGUGUUACCGACCAAGAGUCGGGGCUGGAACAGGGCGAGGAGGAGGGAGAGGGAGAGAUGAGCGUCUCCUCUGAAUCGGGCGGCAGCGGCGGUGGAGAGGAGGGGGGCGUCGGGGGGGCGUUCCUGCAGGCGGAGGGGGACGAGGACGAGCUCCCGCCGGACAUUCGGGAUCCCACGAGAGGGGUCAAGGACCCCGGCGUGCUCCAGGCGAGGCUGGAGGAGUUGCUGAAGCAGAUGGAGACGGGCGACGUGACGAAGCUGGAGGAAGACGUUGCUGCGGCGUGCCGGUGCGUGGAGUCGGCGACCGCGCCCGGCGCCAGCAGCACAGCCACCUUAGUCUCCUCCCUCAGAGCCGACCUGCAGGACCUCUUGGACCGGCGUGACCAGGUGAGGCAGACGUCGGACGUCGCCGAGAACAUCUACCGCCGCCUGAGGAGGCUCGCGAGGAGCUGGCACGACGGCAGCGGCGGGGAGGGCGUCUGGCUCCGGCUGGCGAGCCUCUCGCAGAGGCUGGAAGACUUGAGAAAGGCCGCCCUGACGGGCAUCCGCGACUGCGAGAGCUCCGGCGCCGCUGCCGCCUCGAGCGACGGGAGCGGGGGCUCCGCGGAUUCUGGCAAGAAGCGUCCCCGACGGCGGGCAUCUUCCGGCGGCGGGAAGGAGAGGAGGAAGCGCGCCGCCGCUCGUCCUCGUGCCGGGGCUAUCGAAGAAGGAGGCGACGACGGGACCAGCACCGGUGGGGAGAAUGACCGUGGUGGAGGGUCUGGGUGGGGAAGAAGAGAAGGUAGGCAGGUGGAGGCGAUGGAGGAAGAAGAAGAACAAGAAGAACAAGAAGAGCGUCAAGUGGCCGGGCUUGACUACGACAUGCCGGCGGUUGCCGUCGACUCGGCCGACGACAGUGGGGGUGACGGGGGCCGGAGCUCGGCAGACUCGUCUGAUUUUGGGUCCUCCCCCUCUUCGUCGUCGUCAUCGACGGCCGAAUCAGCUUCGCCGCCGUCGCCGCUGAGGCCGUCCCGCCCGCCUGCACCGCCUGGCGGCAGCCGCGGCGCUCAGACCGGCUCCACGGGUCAACGCUCCGGCAGGAGCGGUGGCGGCGGCGGCGGCGCUGGUGCUCGCCGCCGUGGGGCUUCAUGUUCUUCUGUCAACCCCCGGCAUCACCGCCGACGGGGCGGCGAGAAACGCGGCGGCGGCGGGGGGGGUGGGCGUGGAGGUGGAGACCGGGGCAAGAGCCGCGGCAGGCGACAAGGCGCUGGUAACGACGGGCUGUUUGGGCCAUCGUCGACGGGUGGAGCGUGUGCACGGCAACCGAGGAUGUUUCCGAUAAACGGCCGGGCGUUGCAGAGGGAGCUGUACGACAGGACCCUGGCGCGGCAGCUAGCUCGAGGCGGGCGGCCGGUGAUCAGGGCGGGCGGCGGCGUGGCCGCGAAAAACGGCGGACGCCCGGGCAGUGCGGCCGCCGGCCAAGCGGAGGGCGAGCGGAGCGGGGUUUGGGAGCGCGAGGAGCGGAGGAGGGAAUCCGUCGGGCGCGGCGACGGCGGCGGCGGCGGCGGCGGCGGAAGAGGAGGCCGCGGCAGUCCGGGGCCCCGUCCGCUGCCCGCGCUGGUGGACGGGGUGGGGGCGGCGGCCAACCCCCGGCGAGCAGCGCUCAGUUUUGAUACCUUGUUUGCGGUGAGAGCGGCCGACCGCGCGAGGUGCAGACGGACAAGCUGUACGGGGUCCGUGAAAACUUGCUCUGCCAAAACUGCGGCGGUCGGCAUGGACGGCAGCAGCGGCCGCAUGCUUGAGGCGAGCGGCGUCGACCCGUGCUUCGUGGCUCGAGACACGACUUGCGGCAGCGAUGGUGACGGUGGAGAGAUCGCUCGAGCGCUCGGCAUGUUGCCGCAACGGAUGGCCGACGUGGAGGAGCUCGCGAGGUCGCACGGUCUGCAAGACGAGGCGGAAGCCCUGGCAGAGGACUGCUGCAAGACCAUGGCCGUCGUCGGAGCGAAGCUUCGCCGGACGCUCCUCCAUCCUCACUCUUCUAAAGCCGCCGCCUCACCGUCGUCGCUCGAGGGGGCAGGGGGCGGAGGUGCCGGUACCGUUGGCUGUGGACAACCACAGCACCUAAGGCCGUCGUCUUCUCCACAGCACCAGGAGCCGUCGUCGUGUUACAGUCGCAGUGCACCCGUAGCCGCCGCAGUCAGACGCCUGGCGGAGGCGUGCGCCCCCGGUCAAGGCGGCGGCGGCAGCGGGGGGGGGGACGACGGGGAGAGGGAUUUUCCGGGGCUCUCGCUGACGGCGGCGGCGGCGGUGCGGCCGGCAGAAAACCCGGGGCUUGGCGGCGGCAGCUCAGCCCUGUUUGGGGCCUGCGCAGCCCUUCACGUUCACCUGUUGGAUUGGCUCUCCCUCAUGACCGCGGUAGAAGAAGACGAGGCUGUUGUUGUCGGUGGGGGGAAGCGGAGUGGUGGUCCGGCUUCGCGACAGGUGGGAUGGGAGGAGGAGGAGGAUGUCAGGGGCGGAAAGGCCGGCGGUGGUGGCCGCGGUUUCUUGGUGGACUUCGCCCGCCGGAUCUUGCUCGACCUGCUGUUCCUGUUCGAGAAGCGGCGGCGGUUGGGGCCGGCGAGGAGCGGGAGAAGGAGGAACCAAGCUGGGCGACAGCAAGAGCAAGAGGCGUUGCUGUCCAAGGAUCCCUCGGCGGAGCUCCUGUGCGCGGUCAUGGACACGCUCGACGGCUCCGGAGGCCUAAGCGGUGCUCCAGGGCCCGCGGCAACAACGACCCGCGUGCCGGGCCUCGUGGAGCCCCUCGUGGGCUUCUGGGGCAUCUUCUUCGACGUCGUGUCCGGCGGCCCUUCCGCGUUCCUCUCACAAAAUGCCUCCUCCGGCGGCGGCGGCGGCGGCUACGGGUCUCGGAGGAGCCGCGGGCUGCCGUCGGAGCUGGUUUGGGACGCCCUCGUACACGCGCUCCGCUUGGCCGUGGCGAGGAGGCGAGGGGGCGGCUCGGAACACGGCGGCGGCGGCGGCGCAACGGGACCGGCGCAGGGGGCGGGGAGUGGCGGACGUUCUGCGGCGACCGCGGCAAUGGCGGCGACGGGCCAAGUCCGCCACAAGGAUGAGUCGAGAGCUCUCUGGGAGUGCGUGCGGCUUCUCCUGGCCGCCUCUCCGUUCGCAGAGGAGUUUGGCGGCGGCGCUGGCGGCGGCGGCGGUGGGACCGUGGGUCAAGCGUCUGCUGUUGUGGCGACCGCCAGGGCAACCAUUGCAGCCGCGGCAGCGGCAGCGGCGACAACGAAGGGACGACAUCGGCAGUCCGCCGCCGCCGCCGCCGGCAGUGCGUCGUAUUCCGCGGCUCGAGCGUCGCCGGUAACGGCGGCGGCGGCGGAGUGUGCCGCGAAUCCGGGGAUGGUCGCACGGGUGUUGCUGGAGCGCGUCCUGGUCCUCGCGAGGGUCCACCCGCCGGAGGUGGACCCGCAGGGAGUUGUAGAGAGGCUCUGGGUGGGAGUGCAGAGGAUAUCGGGGACGCUGUGCGCUACCGCCGCAGCAGCAGCGGCAAAUCCGCCAGCUACAGGGACAAUGACCUCCUCCACACUUGGAGCGGCAACGGCAGCAGCGGUGGACGGUGGACAGCAGGCUGACGCGCGGGAGGAGAGGAGGGAUCGAAGCGCCAGGAGGUUGGCGAGGCGGAAGAGGUCGUCUUCGCAAGCAGCGUCGACCGGGACGCGAGGAACAAAGCUUAAGGAGCAUGUCCUUCGAGUGCCGAAGGGUCUCAAGCGGAAUAAGCUCGCCAACAACCUUCGAAAGGCCAAGUACAGGCCCUCCCUCCUCCUCGCACCUCGCACUCUCCUUCACUUCCAGAGAAACAUGCAGCCCUUGAGCCCCCCCCCGUCCUCCGCCCUGUUUGCCAGCCCUCCAUCACUACCUGGCGGAGAGUCUUCCUCCGUGCGGUGGGACGAGGACGACGUCCUGGCUCUAGCACCGUGGAGGGUCUUGCUAGGCAUUGCGCUAGGGGUGGCCCCGGCGGACGCGAAGAUGGCCGCCGUCGCCGCCGAGAUGCUGGUCAAGGCUGCCGCGAUUCGACCGAGAGACGUGGCGGCUGACGCUCCGCGAGAUCGAUCGAUAGCCCUCGUCGCGCCGGCGGCUGCCGCGCUUUGCCUUGCUCUGCCCCGCUCGGGCGGUAGCGGCGGCGGUGGCGACGGCGGUAGCAGCAACAGCGUGCGCGCGACUCUCUAUGGGGUGCUGGCAGGCUGCAUGGGGAGCGCGUUGGAUCUGAUGGCGAUGGUGUUAGACGGGGCUAGCAGGCUGGGACAUGUGAUAGUAGGCGGGUGGUGUCCCACGGUGCAACUCACCGCGGCGCUGGCUCAGCGUGGCGGUGAGGAUGCACAGACGGUGGUAGUGGCGAGAGGCAAGAACCGAGCUCUGCAGAGAUGGAUUGCUGCGAGGAAAUUCGCCGCUCGGAAAAUACGGAAGAAAGCACACCCGCAACGCGAGGUGGACCGAGAGGGACGCGAGACCGCAGUCAAGGCGGCUGCGAAGAAGAAGGCACGAGAGGGCGACCUAUCGUUCGGCACAUUCAACGGUUCAAUUGCACACGACGGGUACGUGAUCAUCUGGAGUGGCGCCCGUGCUGGCACCAAGGACAAGAGGGGCGUACACGGUGUGGGCAUAGCGAUCAAGGAGGCCAUGUGGGAGAGUGUGGGCGAGGAAGGUAGGACGGUGGAGUGCAUUAGCCCGAGGCUGAUGAAGGUGCGUCUACAAAUUGGCCGCACCUGCGGAGUAACUUUCGUGGUGGGGUUGGAGCGACCGAGAGCCGUGAUCGGGCUGACAGUGUCUUGCAUCCUGGUGGCCCUCCGUCACCUCGGCCCGCUGUCGGAACCGCCGCCGCCACCCGCAAAUACGCCACAAGUCGCCGCCGGCAACAACGCUGCCGGCGACAGCGCCACCCAGUCGUCGUCAGCGGCGGCGGCAGCUGCAGCAGGCGCGUUCGUUGAGGUGUUGGGGCGCGCGCUGGACACGCGUUUCUCGAAGCACCUGGGAAGCUCAGCCCUUUCCAUGGUCAUGUCGGCCGUGCUUCACUGCUGGCCGCCGCCGCCGCCACCGCCGGCGGACGGCGUCCUCGAAACGGAAGGCGGGCGUCGGGGAUACGCGAUGGGCUUGUGGCGUCUGGAACCCGACGGUAGCUCGAGUCGCGGCGGUGGAAGCAGCAGCAGUAACCGCGCGGGUGAACCGACAGUAGACUGCGGUGGGGAAGCGCGGGUGGCGGCAGGAGCAGGAGGAGCGAAUCAGCCGGAGCAGGGGGCCGACAUUUUCGAAGACGAGUUCGGGUCACUGGUGUACGACGCCGAGCUACAGGAUCUCUUGGAUGGUGGUGCCGGCGGCGCCGACCCACCCCAACCUAGCGCCCAGCAGCAGCAGCAGGCGGAAGCGGCGGCGAGGGAGCAAGCCGAGGCAGCGGCGGCGGCGGCGGUUGAGAAGGAGCAAGAGGAAUUUCGGCGGUCCCUUGCCGACGGGGCGCGGACGCACGUCCUCCCUCACCUGCACGCGAUCCUCAAGACGACGCACACGGCCGCUCGUUACGCUCAGGGCUCGGCUUCGGCGUCAGUGCUGUCUUCUUCCUCCUCUGCGGCAGCAGGGGCAGCGGCGGGGGGGGCAGGACCCCCUCGUGGAGCAGGAACGGAAACUUCGGCUGGCGGCGGUGGCGGCACCGCUGGGUCGAGUCUCGCCGCCGCCGGUCGAUCGUCGAGCAUGUCUGGUGCCGCCACCGCCGGCCCCUCUCCAUCUUCGACCGACUCUUCAAUAGUAGACGCUGGCACCGUGUUGGAGUUGCACGCCUCGGCGGCGUUGGUGGCCCUCAACGGUAGCGACAGCGGCGGUUUCGGCGGCGGCGGUAGGAGCGGCAGCUUCGGCAGUGGAGGGGGUAGUCAGGCAGGUCGCGGGACCGGUGGUAGUUGUGGCUCUGGAUUGACCGGCGCCUGCGACAAGUACCUGGAGGUGUACAGGAUGGGGCAUAACCCUCUCAUGCCCCAGCAGCGCCUACUCGCGGCAGCGUUCUUCUGCCUGGUGCUAGAAGGCGGCGGCAGCGACAGCGGCAGCGGCAGCAACGCACAUGUUGGUCGAUCCUUGGCCCACCCGUGUCCGGCCCCGCCGUUGCUAGAGACUCUUAGAGGGAGGGAGUGGGAGAUUCUUCACCUAUGGGUGCAGGCGGCGCUCGAUCCCCUCGCGUUCCCCGCGAGCCGGCCCCGCGACCGUCGGCCCCGUGGCGGCGGUGGUGGGAGACGGUCGAGCAAGGAGCCAUCAGACAUCGUCAAAGACAGGUUCGAGGGCUUCACCCGCUACCUGUGCGCUGCCUUCCGCCCCGCUGGCGGUGGCAGGCCCGGCGAUGGGCAGCAGCAGCAGCUGAAACCGCUGGACGCUGAUCUCGCGGGCGUGUUCGAGAAGCGAGUCGUGCGGUUCGAGCCGGCGCAGCUCACCGCGCUGUCGCACGAUGAAACUCAGGUCCUCGAGCGAGUGCUGGACCUGCAGUCGGUGGUCGCCCACUGCGGCACCCUCUACGAGACAGCAAUGGUCAGAGCGGGGCCGGGGCUCCUGCCGGAGAAGGACCGGAAGCGGAUCAAGGACCGAGUCGUGAAGCUCGCGCACAAGGCGAUCAAGACUCUACGCCGCUUCCUCCCGGAGGUAUUCCCUCGAGAACAGCAAGGAUACCGGGCGAGAGGGGCACGCGGCCAACGAAGUCAUCGCUCUUCUUCUUCCGGCGGGACGGGGGUGAUGCCCCCCGCGCGCUACGGCUUGGCGUUCCGGCGACUGUACGGGCACGCCGCGUACUCGCUCUCGGCCUUCCUCAUGCGCAUGUGCGGCGGCCGCGUGCUCAAGGGGGCCCCGCUCUGCGAGCUGGUGGAGGCCAUGUUCGAGGGUAUCGCCUGCCGCGGUCCCGGCGGAGCCGUAGGCGGUGGCGGCGGCGGCAGCGGUGGCGGUGGGGAUGGUGCGGGAGGAGGAGGAGGAGGAAGGGAGAGCGUGCCUCACGCGGAGCUUAGGGCGCUCGCGGUGACGCAUCUUCCAGACCUGCUGCAGUGCUUGUCGGAAACGACUCUGACCAUGCCCCCGGUGACCGGAUGGAUCAAGAACAUCAACGACCAGGCCAUUCACGGCGGCGAUCAAACGCCGCCGUCGGACGACCCUCACGCCAACCCUAACGCUAGCGCCGCCAACCUAUCUUUUACCCCCCUCCUGGCCUCGCUGGCGUCGGGCUUGCGCGGGGACCUCGCGUACCCGUGCUGCCCACGGCGUGGGCGUGCGGUAACUACGGGAGCGGGUGGCGGGGGCAGGGGCGAAGGUGACGACGCUUUCGGCGAAUUGGCCACCGCCGCCGCGCUGGCGCCGCUGCCGGGCCGGGACCCCGCCGUACGGUCGAGGCUCCGGGAGGGCCUGAGGCAGGAGAUGCUCGGCGACCGGAAACUCCGCGUCGCGCGGUUCUUGUUGGAGGCCGCCGUUGCCGGUGGCAGGGCACCGCCGCCGCCGCCGCCGCCGCUGCAGUACGGCGGCGGCGGAGGUGGCGAUGUGGUGGUGGGGACGGAGCUCCAGCGUGUGCGGCAGCAGCUGCAGCAGCAGCAGAAGAUGGCCCUUUCCGUUCGCAAGACCGGCCGGCUCCUGGCGCUCUUGACGGGCGUGCUUGGUCGCCGCCGAUUGGGCGACGACGACGACGGCGACGGUGGUGACGCUGACGCUGACGGCGGUGAUGGUGCUGCUGGCCACCACCCUGGCGCCGCCGCCGGACCUCCAUGGCCGUCGCCGGUCUCACGGCAACAACCACCGCUGGGGCGGCCGCCGCUUAGCGUCAAGAAGGACGUCCUGGUGCUGAUCCGGCCGGUGUACGCGCUCCUCGGGGAGGCUUUCCUGGGGGAGAAGGGGCUGGCGCGGCGCUUGACUCGCGAGAUCCUCGCCGUCGCCGCCGCGCUCGCCGUCGCCGGCCUCGACCACACCCUCCCCGCAACGGCAGCCACCAUCACCACCACCACGGAAGCAGCGGCAGCAGCAGCGGCAGCGGCCGCGGUGCAACAGCAGCAGCAGCAGCACGGGCAAGGAGAGGCCGCUGGCGCAAUGGCACCGGGGAGGGGAGCGGUAGACGCCGUCCGUGCCGGGGUAGAAUCGCCGCCGGCGGCGGCGAUAGAGCGGCGAGCGGUGGAGUGCUUCGCGGAGGCGGUGGUUCUCGCCGUGUCGACGAGCCUCGGGGCGGUGGUGGCGUCUGUCGCGGGCGGCAGCGACGACGACGACGUCUGCGGCGGCGGCGGCGGGUUGGCGGACCUGGGGCCCCGCGAGUCUGACCUCGAGCGGCUCCUGGUGAGCCUGGGGGCGUGGGAGUCCCGCGGCGGGGGAGGGGGUCGAGGGUGGCCGCACAGCGCGCCCCCGCCAGCGGUGCCCCGGGAGGGUUCAGGAGGAGGAGGAGAUGGAGGGCAGGAUGCCGUUGUUGAGGAGAUUGACAUGCCGCUGCCGGAGCUCCUGGACGAUGCCGAGAAACUUUCGGCCGCGCUUCGGUCGGCGGCGACGAGAGGAGGAGCAGGUGGCACUAGCAGGGCGAUCGUGCGGCGAUUGGACGGUGCGCUGGCGCCUAGGAUCAAGGCCUGCCGAGCCUUUUGUCUGUAGCCGACGCUGUGGCCUCUGCAGCAGCCUCAGCCGCCGCAGUGAGACAACGGUGUGGACACAAAUUGACGGCGGCUUGUUCAAGCUUUCAGAAAGAUGCCUAACGAGCUACGGCGGUGGCACCAAAAAUACGGGGCAGGGAUUGUUUUAUCUCCUCGUGGAGUGCUCGCUGUGUUGCUGCUGUUUCUUGUACGACGCCGUGUAGCCAAAGCGAACGCCGUCGAGGUCACCGGUCCAGCUAUGCAUAUUACAGUCUGUUGGCUGGCUGUCUCUAUUGGGAUUUGCGGUGCUCCUGGUUUGCUCUGCCGCCCGCCGCAGCCGCCGCUGGCACGAUGUAGCUACGCGUGCGUUUUUUUGGGGGGGUCGGGAGUGGUACGAAAUGCUACUGUCGCCUAGGAUGGCCGGACUGGACCGGCGCGCGACGCUGCUUAGCAAUGGGUCGCCAUGUGAUGUCGUCAUGACAUGCUUGGGGCUGAUGGCCCGCAGGGAUCUGGUACCUUUUGUUGUAGAUGUAGACUGUCGAUUGUUUGUGGCCCUGUACAUCAUACCCCAACUUUUGCUGCGCGUUGUACGAUUAACCAGCCUGCUAGCGUUGUUCUUCCUUUUCACUCUGACGAGGUGCCUGAUGUUGUUGUGCCCGACAUUUGUGUAUCAAGACGUCAAAACGAGGCACAGGAGGAACAAAAAAAGCAUCCCAUGGUGUAGGUGUCUUGCCGCAACAACGCUAACACGGGCCCAGUAAGCGAGGCGUGCGGAGGCAUCUUGAGGGAGACAACCGACGGCGAGAAUGAAGGGAUUUUUUGUGUUCUGGGAGGCACGUUAGUUUGUUUCCCCGCGAGAUGAGGGAGUCUCUGGCUCGGCCGAAACAAACAAGUAGCUUAAGAUCAUGCGUGUAUCGUACCCCGCGAAAGCAUAGUGAU